CAUACACUGAAGAUGAGAGGCUGAGCAGUAGCUUCAUGGGAGUGUGCUGUCGCAUGAGACUUCACUGCUUUCAGUUUGUGGAUGCAUUGGUUUACUAGCUUUAGGUUUAGUAAGUAGAGACUUUAAGAGGAAGAAAGUCUUCUUUUAAGCAAUUAUAAUUUUAUUUUUCUUAAACUUUCUCCCUAUUUAACUGUCAAGUAUGUAUUAUCAGAUGUUUGUUUAUUUUUGUACUAAAAUGAACUUAACAGUGUAGGUGCUUAGUUCAAAAUGGGAGCCCUGCAAAGGGUUAACCAGCAGAGAAUUACAAAUGAACUAUCAGGAAAGUUGAUUAUUAAUCCAACAAGAGAGAAAAUAUCCUUCCAGUUAACAAGAAUUAGUACCUGAAGAGCUGAUAAUAUUGUUCAGGCUGUCGGUGUGGAAUGGCAAAACCAGUGGCAGUGGUUCCUUGUGAUUUGGGAAGGUGUCAGAGGUGUUAUGCCAUCAAACUCUGAAGUGCUGGCUGGUGUGGUAGGAGAAAGCAGGACAGAAGAGUGGAGGAACAGCCAUUAUAUAAGAAUGUCUUCCAAGCAGACUACCUCUCCAUUUGCAUGUGCAGCUGAUGGAGAGGAAACAAUGACCCAGGAAUUAGCAUCACGAGACAAGGAAGAGGGCAACAGUGAUCAGCAUGCGGCCUCUCAUCUGCCUCUACACAACGUAAUGCACAACAAACCUCACUCCGAGGAGCUACCAACUCUGGUCACGACCAUCCAACAAGAUCCUGAGUGGGAUGGAGUCAUCUCAGCCCAACACAGAAUGGAGUCAGAGAGUAAUAAGUUAUGUUCCUUGUAUUCCUUCCGAAAUACCUCUACCUCACCAAACAAGCCCGACGAAGGAGGUCGUGACCGCAGUGAGCUCAUGAGCAGUGUUAAUUUUGGAACCCCAGAACGCCGCAAAGGAAGCCUUGCAGAUGUGGUAGACACACUGAAGCAGAAGAAGUUAGAAGAAAUGACCAGGACUGAGCAAGAAGAUUCAUCCUGCAUGGAAAAGCUACUUUCUAAAGACUGGAAGGAGAAGAUGGAAAAAUUGAACACAAGUGAUCUCCUUGGAGAAAUUAAAGGUACACCAGAAAGCCUGGCAGAAAAAGAGCGACAGCUCUCUACUAUGAUCACCCAGCUGAUCAGCUUACGGGAGCAGCUCCUGGCUGCCCAUGAUGAACAGAAAAAGCUGGCAGCCUCACAAAUUGAAAAACAACGGCAGCAAAUGGACCUUGCUCGCCAACAGCAAGAACAGAUUGCAAGACAACAGCAGCAACUUCUGCAACAGCAGCACAAAAUCAAUCUACUGCAGCAGCAAAUUCAGCAGGUUCAGGGUCACAUGCCUCCGCUCAUGAUCCCAAUUUUUCCACACGACCAGAGGACACUGGCAGCGGCUGCUGCAGCCCAGCAGGGAUUCCUCUUCCCCCCAGGAAUAACCUACAAGCCAGGUGAUAACUACCCUGUGCAGUUCAUUCCAUCAACAAUGGCAGCUGCUGCUGCUUCUGGACUCAGCCCUUUACAGCUCCAGCAACUGUAUGCAGCUCAGCUGGCAAGCAUGCAAGUUUCUCCUGGAGCCAAGAUGCCGUCUACUCCACAGCCACCAAAUACAACAGGGGCACUCUCACCCACUGGGAUUAAAAAUGAGAAGAGAGGGACCAGCCCGGUAACUCAAGUUAAGGAUGAAGCAGCCCAGCCACUGAAUCUGUCAGCCCGACCCAAAACAGCUGAACCUGUGAAAUCCCCAACAUCUCCAACACAGAACCUCUUCCCUGCAAGUAAAAGCAGUCCAGUGACAGUGACAACCAAGAGUGGCAUCCCCAGCCCGCUUGGUGGAUCUCUGGGAAGAGGAUCCUCUUUAGAUAUCCUUUCCAGUCUUAAUUCACCUGCCCUAUUUGGGGACCAGGACACAGUAAUGAAAGCCAUUCAGGAGGCUCGAAAAAUGAGAGAGCAGAUCCAAAGGGAGCAGCAGCAGCAACAGCAGCCACAUGGUGUUGAUGGAAAAUUGCCCUCCAUGAAUAACAUGGGUGUAAACAACUGCAGGAAUGAAAAGGAAAGAACAAGGUUUGAAAACUUAGGCCCACAGUUAACAGGGAAACCCAAUGAUGAUGGAAAACUGGGCCCUGGUGUCAUCGAUCUUACAAGGCCAGAAGAUGCAGAAGGAAGUAAAGCAAUGAAUGGCUCUGCAGCUAAACUACAGCAGUAUUAUUGUUGGCCAACAGGAGGUGCCACUGUGGCUGAAGCUCGAGUCUACCGGGAUUCACGGGGCCGAGCCAGUAGCGAACCACACAUCAAACGACCAAUGAAUGCUUUCAUGGUUUGGGCAAAGGAUGAGCGUCGAAAAAUUCUCCAAGCCUUUCCUGACAUGCACAACUCCAACAUUAGCAAAAUUCUAGGAUCUCGCUGGAAGUCCAUGUCAAAUCAAGAAAAACAACCUUAUUAUGAAGAGCAGGCACGACUAAGUAAAAUCCACCUAGAAAAGUAUCCUAAUUACAAAUACAAACCUCGACCAAAACGCACCUGCAUUGUUGAUGGAAAGAAACUGCGUAUUGGCGAAUACAAACAACUGAUGAGGUCUCGGAGGCAGGAGAUGAGGCAGUUCUUUACUGUAGGACAACAGCCUCAAAUUCCAAUCACCACAGGAACGGGGGUUGUCUAUCCUGGUGCUAUAACCAUGGCAACUACCACACCGUCACCUCAGAUGACAUCAGAUUGCUCAAGCACCUCUGCCAGCCCUGAGCCCAGCAUCCCUGUCAUUCAGAGCACUUAUGGUAUGAAGACAGACAGCGGAAGCCUCGCUGGAAAUGAAAUGAUAAAUGGAGAGGAUGAAAUAGAAAUGUAUGAGGACUAUGAGGAUGAUCCCAAAUCAGACUAUAGUAGUGAAAAUGAAGCCCAUGAGGCAGUCAGUGCCAACUGAGGAGUGUUCACAGAAUAAAAGUACUCAGACUCAUUUGGGUUAUUUUGGGGUUUUUUUGAACAAAAGUUCUUAAAGAGCCUGCAUGCAUGUGUGGCUCCUACAGUUACAUCAGCAGAAUGGUCUUAAAUGUUUCUUAAUGUGUGCAACAGAUUGUUUCCCUAAUUUUUCAUGAACUUGGGUUUUUAGGAUUUUUGUUUUGUUUGUUUUGUUUUGUUUUUUGGUUGUGUGUUGUUGUUUUUUUUUUUAUUUAGAUGAAGACAUAUUAAAUAUCAGACAUCAGGACUUGAAAACUUAUAUGAAUCAAUAGCUGUCUUACAAGUCUUACCUUUUGUCUUUUUCCUUUUGGAUGCUGAUAAAGGUUUAAGUUACUGUUUUAGAUGGGGGUUUUACAUUCUCACUCAGGUAUGCUGUGCCAGCCUACAGGUUGUGAAUGUGUUUUUAUUCUGGAUUAUUUUAGAAAACAAAAACUGCAGAUUUCAUAUUGUGAAACAGAACAAGUCCACAAGUGCAUCGUAGCUUGUCUUUAAAAAAUAGUCUCUGAAUUCCAUUUUUUUUCCAGAUGUAUAGCUGAACUUCUGAUGUGCCAAACUUUUCAUAACUUUUCAAUCUUAACAUUUUUUUUUAAAAAAAAAAGUCUUAAAGAAGACACUGUAAAGUCUUAGACAAUCCUUUGGCAUCUUAAAAAAUUAUAAAUGAAACCUAAUUUUUUCCAGAAUAUGGUAAAGUACUCAGGAAUCUGGAGACAGUCUGUUCUUAAGUAGUGAACAUGGUUGCCAUAGUGCAUGUGCCCAAUUGCUUUUGCCUCUUGAUGUGCCAUUAGUGUGAAAUUUUAAGUAAGCACAAAAGAGCGAUCACCAGCUAUGGACUGGCCUGUCUUAGCAGUGUGAGGCCACCUCUGAUUACAUUCUCUACCCCAUUGCUUUUAACCCUUGCAUUCAGUCUUAACACAUUUUCUCUUAAUUAAUUUAUUCAUUCCAGAAUGCCAAGGGUCCAAAUACUUAAUAUUUAUUUUUAAAAGUACAGUUGGUGGCAUUACACUUACAAUUCCUUAUUGAUAUUUUAAAGAUCCCCUUCCUUCUCCUCCCUUAAAUUACACAAGUAUAUUAAAAUAGAAGUGGACCUGCUACUAAAAUGAACAUGACUUCUAUGAAUGAGAAAUUCACUUGUUCCUGUAACGCUGUAUGUUCAAGGAGCACUUGGAAAUACUCUGCUAUAUGUAAUGCAAAAUAAAGUGAGUACUUUUAUAUGUACAUAGAGGAUAAAUAUUCCUAAGAAAAAGUGUUUAUAGUUAUAAACAUCUCUAGUUAGAAAGCAAAAGCAGAUGUAAAAUCCAAACUGCAUGUAGAGUCCACCAUAAUGAAUUUUUAGGGUCUAUAGAAUCCUGCAGUGAAUCAUGGCUCUGUACAUCAUGUUCCUGUUGUCACCUGAAGGAACUGUUUGCUCCUUUAAGUAUUUAUGCAGUGAUUUAUAUGUGAGAUGCCUGGUGGGGAAGGGAAGGCCACACAAAUAUCUGACUUGCAAAGCUGGACAAAUGGUGCAUCAAACAUAUUUAUUGAAUAUUGGUCAUGUGGGAGUGCGAGCCAAAUCUUGAUGAAUGCUUGUCAAGUGUUUCAGGAUCUUUGGAUGUAAAGUGCUGUAGAAACUAAAAUUUUUAUUUGUAUUACUACUUAGAAACAAUGCCAAUUGCUAGAGAAAAUUCUGGGAAAUAUGCAACAGUGAAAUAUGCAGAAAUUGCAAAUUGAUUAAUUUCAAAGAAGGAAUUGCCUUUAUUUUUUCCCACUCCACUCCUGUUCACAAAUACAUCACUGUAUAUAGGCAGAUCCAAUGAGCCUGAGGAAUACAUGUGUUAAAGCUUCUCAACUCCCUCAGCUUUUAUUUUGAAUUGGAUAUGUUGAGUGAUAAAUUCAGACUCAGGCUGAGGAAUGAGUGGGCCUAGAGCAGCUCCUCUUAAGUCUGUGGGGAUCUUCAAGUGGAGUUGAAUGGGCUUCGUUUAGGGCCCAGGCAAUGAAAGAAGUAUAGUGUUAAUACUGGUUAUCCUCAAGCUAUCAUCCUAUCUUGCUUCUGCAUUCACCUCACAUGAAUCCAUGUGAGGUGUGAUGACAAGGCUCUGUAUUGGGAGCAGUCAUUUUCCUCAUGGGCCCACUAAUAUCUAUUUGAGCAGAGAUAGCCAUUGUUGCCACUGUAGGAAUCAAAUGUGCAAGAACAACCCCCAAGACAAAGAAGAUUGUUCAAUUUAUAGGACAAUUUAUGAAGAUAAUGGCAUAGAAAUACAAUGGUCAAAUUUCUCUGACCAUUUUUUAAAAUUUGGAACAAAAUGCUAUAUUUUUAAUAUUUAUUUAAAUGUGUUAGUCCAUGUCUAAUAAGCAAUAAACUGGUCUAGCCAAGACUUUAAAGGCAUAUGCUGUGUCAUUAGCUGGUGAGCGCCCUCUUUAAGCUGGCUAAGGUACUGAAAGAAAGUGGGUUUUGUUCUUAUAAUUGCUUUGAAAUUCGAACUGGUUUUAAUAUAUUCAGCUCAGACUGGGGGGAGGAUACCAUUAUUUCCGAAAAACAAAAUAUUUAUUAAUGUCUUACACAAUUCUCCAGUUAGAAGUAUAUCUCCCUCCCCCCAUGUCACUUUCUCUCUUGCUUUCUCUUUUUCUGGUUUUGUUCAAUAGCUAGAAUGCUGUACUGCUAGCAUUGUAUUUUAUGUAAUUUCUUUUUUUUUUUUUUUUUUUUGCACAAAGGCAAACAUUUAGAUUAGUUGGUUAAUUUUUUUAAAUUUUAUGACCAUGCCAAAAUAAUAUUCUGCAGGCUUGUGGAGAACAAAGGACUGUUCUUUAGGACUGAAACUUGAUUUUGCUUUUAGUACAAAAAACACACACUCACAGAUGUUGUUUCGUAAGUGUUAUAAGCACUGGAUAUAAAUGGUAUUUUUUAUCACUUCUGACUAAUGUGAAACUGUUGUACGAAAACUACAUGAACAAAAGUCAUCUGUUUCGACUCGUGUGGGCCUGCCUCACAGUUGCCGGAUUUGAGUCAUUUUUAUGUCUUGUUAUUUCAUUUAUUUAUGCAAAAUACAUGUAUGUAUGAACACUUUGUUUUAGCUCCAGCCCUGCCUCAAUGCUGAUGCUGUGUAUGUUCAAGCCACAUUCUUGAAAAUGACUGGCUGUUCAGGAAUCACCAGCUGGUAAAAAUUGCAUUUAUUGGCUGGGGGAGUGGCACAAACUUAUUUGAAUCUGAAUUGUGCAUAUGAGCAUUUUAUUCUAUUUAUUAGCCGACAUUGGCUCUAAAAUCAGUAGAAAUCAAGGAAGGACAAUCAUAAGGAUAAAACCCAACAUUUUUACUUUAUUAAUUGGAGCUCAAAACAAAGUUUUUGAUGAAUUUACCAUCUCAUUUUAGAAUUUUUUUAAAUUGUGUAAAUAUAACAUAGGAAAUAGAAUUUUAUUUUUUGUUCAUGGAUACUUAGUGAAGUAUAAGUUAUGUAUUUACUUUUGUUCUUUAUCAGUGUAUGUUGUCCAUAUUAAAUGCUGACAAGUCACUGUACCUCAUGUAGAUGCUGAAUUUACAACCGCAGUGUGAGUGCAGUAUUGUGGACCUGUAGCUGGGACAGCAAGUUGCCUCACUUGUGCUCUCACUGAUUUUGAAUAGCUUAUUCCAUAAACACAGGAUACAUUGAUAGACAUACAGAAUUUCCGAUACAUUUUAUAGGAAACAUAGUCUUCUGAAUUCAAGUAAAACUGGUGACAUAUUUUACAUCUUAACAAGAAUGACAUUUGGAAGUCAAAAGUCAAAAUCCCUGGAAAGACUAUCAUUACUAAGAUGGCCCUUGCAAUGCAGUCAAGACUUCAGAAUAUCAAACCUCUAUUUCAAACAUUUUAAAUCACAUUGUUGUCAUAUUAGGCUAUAAAACCAGGGGAAACUGUUCACUCAAUACACAAAGAGGACUUGUGGAAUUGCUUUCUAAGCAUUGUGUUUGAGCUUCUCUUAAUAACUCAGAAAAAAGUAAUAACUCUGUUCAGGUAAUGCACAACUAUAGUAAUACUAUUUUCUUUGCAAACAGACAGUGUAUUUAAUUAACAGAUAAAAUAUAUUUUCUUUUUUGAAAAUCAUAAAAUAAUUAUUUUCAGUAGCAUAACACUCCCAAAACAGUCUGAUACAAGCUAGAAUAGUGCACUUCACAUUUCAAAAAAAAUGGAAGAUAAAAGACUUAAUGGAAACAGAACUGUUUUCCAGGUUUCAAGUUUACAUGGAGAAAUUACUUCGACGAAGUGGCCCAGUUCUGGUCUGGCUGUAUAUUCAGGCAUUGCCAUUUAGUUGUGAAACUGCCUGCUGAGAAUUCAUGAUGUGCUCCUUAGUCAGUGUACUCAGGUGCAGCACCAGGCAGGGGAGGGCAAAAGAUGGGAUUAUUCCAGGAUGGGAAUGCAAAACAAACAGCAGCAUUAGUCACAAUAAAUACAAUAAGCCCUGUGCAAGUGUACAGCAGUCAGCUGUGGGUAGUUCCUGCUUUAAGUACAAACACAACCACCCCCCAAUGCAAUCUAAAACAUAGUCCUCUCUCUGGGUUGGCUUUCCGGCUUUGUUUUUUGAUCAUAUUGAAAUCUGGUCAAUCGAAAUUUCAAAAUAAUUUCCUAGCAAAAACAUACUACAAGAUUACACCUCUGUCCUCCCCAAGCAGAACACUUACCUACCUGCUUAAUUGUAAGCAUGUUAGUACUUCCAUGGUGGUCAUGAGGACCAGUAAAGCGUAGGUGUUAAGCAGGGCAAACAUUGCUGAGCCAGAGCCACACUGCAAACCUGCAGUGGAGAUGCAGCCAGCAGAAUCUAUGAUAAGAGUUCUUCAUGUUUUUAUGAGAAGAAUGGGCUUUGUCCCGUGGUGUUUUGCAUGCUUUUUUUUUUUAAGAUUCAAGUUGGCACUUAAGCAUGUUCUUUUGAAAGAAUACUAUAUGACCUCAUUUGAUCUCUUACAGAAGUCUUUUUCCUUUAAAAAAACUUCUCCCAACCCCCACUUUUUUUUUUUUUUUUCAUAAGUAAUUAAUACAUCUCCUUUUUAACCACCAGAUUUGUUGAAAAUUGUAACAAAGAAAUAUUCUGAGAUUUCACACACUGGGUAUAAAGGGGGUGGGGUGGGUGAACUGGGCUAAAGGAAAACUUAUCAAAUUGGUAUUUAUGGCAAUAUGAAAGCUAUAAAGCAACUUAGUGACAUGGCUUGCUUUGUAAUUUCCGCUUUCUAAAAACCACAAGUGAGGUCCUUGGUGCUCUUGGAGUAUGGGGAAUGUGCAAAUAUUUAACUGUUUGUAUGCUGCACAUUGCAGACCUGCUAGUGUGCAUUCUCCGUUUGUCUUCCUUUGUCAUUUGUGUUUUGCUUUCUAGAAAGCAAUGCUUUUUUUCUUGUACCCUUCUUCAGCUUGUAGCAAACUAGAAUGCUUAGCAUUUCUGUUCAUCCAUUAUUGUAUUUCCCGUGUAAUAAUUUUUUUUAUUACAUAAAGACAAGCUUAUAAGCUGUUACUACAUAACUUAUCUUACUGUAACUCUUAUUUCCUGACAUUGUAAUUUGUUUGUGAUGUAUAUUGUGAGAUUGUACUCUAUGUUAAUUUAAUCAGCACAAUUCACUGACAUGCUGGACUGACAUGCUAGCUGCUGUUUCAAAUUGUAAAGUUUGUGUAGAGCUGUUGGGACAACUGAGACUCUCUUGUCAAGGUACUAUGCUUUGAUUCCUAUAGCAACACUGUGGGUGCAGCUUUUAAGUGUGAGGGCUGCUCGUUGGACACCCACUGGCUAACUUAAUGGGCAGGUUUUCUUUGUAGAAAUUCUAUAUACAAUGCAGGUACCUACCUGGGCCCUUGGCUGGUAAUUAUUUGGGCGUUUAGAGGAAAAACUAGUGUCUAUUGCUGCUUUGAAUAUGUUUUAAAGUCUGAAAAUGUAAAUAGUUUAUCAAAAAAAUCUUGUACAGUCCAGUGUAAAGUUUUUAAAUGAACUUAAAGGUUGCCAUCACAUCUCACACUCUCCUCUUGAUACAGUAAAAAAAAAAAAAAAAAGUUUGCUAAGGAUACUGAUUAAAAAAAAUAACCUGUUCUCAAUUUGAAAAAGAGAAUAAUUAUUCUUAGCUCCGCUUCAUUGCAUAAACAGACUUCUUGGAUUUUGAUGUGCAGUAUUGACGUGAGGUAAAUUAAAUAUUAAAUGAUCUUUCAGUGGUACUUUUAAGAGUCUUCUCCUCCUCUGCCUCAGUUAUUAAUGGAAAAGACAAAAUUGAAAGACACUGUCCAUAUACAGUAUGUUCUGGUGUACAGUAGCACCUUACAUGUUUUGGUGGGGGGGGAAUUUUUUUUUUUUUUUUUUUUUUUUGCACAAGGUGCUUUCCUGAUAUGUUAAACAUGUCAUCCUUGGGUGAUACAGUAUAUGCCAUGACAGGGGUUUAGACCCCUCAGGGGAGUGUCUAUAAGACUGCCUAUUUAUGCUCAUUUACCUCAAGACUGUCCUCUCUACCCUUAAUCUAUUCACCAUCACUCCAUCUUUUGUACUGCUGUUGACACUUACAAAUUAAAGAUAAAUUUUGUUUUAUGAGA